GAAUCUGGAGACGAAGAUCUAUUAACGGUGGACGUAGGAAAAAUCUUUCUGGAGUCCGAACGGAUGCUUCACGCAUUUGAAAGUUACUGUACCCGGCAAGGGAGCGCAAGUUUACUGUUACAAAAUUUGGAAAAAGAGAAAGAGCUACUGCGAAUAUUUUUGAAAGUUUCACAGAUGGAAAACACAGUCUUGCGUAGGAUGAAUUUAAAUUCCUUUUUGAUGGUUCCUGUUCAAAGAGUGACAAAAUAUCCUUUAUUAUUGGCACGAUUGUUGAAAGCUACUCCAUCCGUGCGACCAGACAUUCAAGAAGCCAAGGAAAGACUUAAACAGGCUCAAUCGAACAUCGAGUUGCACUUAGAACAUAUGAAUGCUGAAGCGAAGGAUGUAACUUCAACAAAGCUUUGGAGAAGAAUUUCCAUCAUUCAGAAUGGUAGACGACCAAUUGGGGAGCAAGAUAUGGUGAACAUAAAAUUGAGAAAGAUGGCCGUGGAAGUAUUAGAAUGGGCCCAUGAAGAAGCCAAAUUUGUUUUGGAAGGACGUCUUUUAGUUGCUCAGCCAACCGAUAAUAAUUGGAGACGCGGACGUACUGUCAAGCUCGCUCCUGUUACUGCUAUGUUGGUUACCAAUGGCAAACCAAGUGCAGAAGACCUUGAGUUUAAUGACGACUUUCUUUUUCCAAGAUAUAUAGGCAUCAAGGAGGCUACCCUCUUGUUGGUAAAAGAAAAAUUUGGACGGUAUUCGUUAUUACGCGAACCACUGUAUCUUGAUAAGUGUAUAGUAUGCUGUGAAACAGAUCUUGAAGAUUAUUUUGAAGUUCAAGAACUAUAUUCCAAGGAAACAUUUAUAUUUAAGGCUGAAGAUGGAGCCAGAACAAAAAGGUGGUGUAGGACAUUGCAAGCUCAUGCACAAUCUCUUGGUGCAUGGCGAAAACGUCGCGGAGCACUGCCAAAUAUAAUGAUAUGUGGUGUUACGAGAAACUGAUGAAGAAUUUACAUGAUUAGAUCUUUUUUAAAUAGACAUUUACAACCGUUACUUAAAGGUCAUUAUGAUUCCUAAAGUGUACAUGACUUAGCGGACAUAGCACAGUGGAUCAAACAGUUAUAUGAUCUCCAGAUAAAUUAGUAAUGAUUUGUCAAGGAGAAAGUGUCGGACCAAAGGAUUUCCUCUGCUAAUUGAUGUUAUAUGUCAAUAAGUGAUACGAAUAUCAAGUUCUCGCCGUACGCAGACUACUUUGCGUUCGGUUGCAGUACAUUGCAAAAACUUAAAGUUUCCUACAUUGCUGUAGUUAACAUACUGUAUAACGUUAAAUCGCAGUAAACUGUUCUCUCUUUCCCUUCUCUUGAUUUAUAGCCACACAUGUACACAGGAUAAGUAAUUGCCCGCAUAUAGUACAGUUUAAUUGUAAUUGCAUUGAAAUCGAAAGAGCAGAAAGUAGCUGUGAUACUGACCGGUGUACUGGGUACUUUUUUUUUUAAAUAGUAUUAAAUAUCGCGGUACGAGACUUAGCUUUUUCCUAUGUAUGUACUUAUCGAGUGACACUUAACUUCUGCGAAAACAUCGAUAAAAGUGUACAUAACAUUUAAAACGGGGUAAUAGGGUUUGGCACAUUUUGUACCUACGAUUUAUGGAGCCAGGAAACUGCCAAAUGUUUCGUUGAACCGGCCUUAAUUAUGAUACAUAAAUUAAUUAAUCUAUUAUAGAUCGUAACUACUCCUUGAAUAUAAUUAACAGUAUUUUACUACACCUAACACACAAAAUAGAAAUUGUACAUUGUACUAUAAUUUUAUUUAAAACCUAAGCCAUAUGUUUGUACAUAGAUGUAUAUUUAUACCGAAACUAGUUUUAACAACACAAUUGUUAUAUUAAAUCCAUCAUUCAAUAAAAAUCAAAUAUACCUA